AUGGGCGCGGGCGGCUUCGGUGCGGUGUACCGUGGCAUGCAGCCGGACGGCACGGAGAUUGCCAUCAAGGCCUUGGAAACUGCCCGGGAGUCGGGCUUUGAGGAAGAGGUGCGUGUGCUGAGCAUGUUUCGGCAUCCCAACCUGGUGACGCUCAUGGGAUUCGCCCGCAAUGGGCCCAAGCGCUUCUUGGUGUAUGAGCUUAUGGAGGGCGGAGAUCUUUUCGAGCGCAUCCACAACAGAAAGAAGGAGUUUCAUUGGCGUGAUCGCCUCUGCGUGGCCUAUGAUGCUGCCUGUGGCCUGUCGCACUUGCACCACCAGACGCCCAAGGCAAAUCUGCGGGGUUGA